GUGCGAGGCGAGUCGGUGUGUCCCUGGCUGGGACGGAAGUUGCACCACUAGUACAAUUAGUUUCAGUUUUGUUUCUUUUCCAGGCACCCAGCAACAGCGGCCUCCAGGCCCCAGGCCCCCUCGCCAUCCUAGAGGCCAAGAUCGGCUCUGGCUAGGUCUGACCCAACAAGUAGCAUUGACAUUUUUACCUUUGCUGGAUGUACACACGGAAGUGGAGGAGGAGGAGGAGAAGGAGGAGGGCAGCUCCUUAGCUCAAGAGCAAGUGGCCCAAGGCCUCAGAAGACUAGAAGGAAGUUCCUGGCCAUUCAGCAUGGUUUCCCAUGGGUCCUCGCCCUCCCUCCUAGAGGCCCUGAGCAGCGACUUCCUGGCCUGUAAAAUCUGCCUGGAGCAGCUGCGGGCACCCAAGACACUGCCCUGCCUGCAUACCUACUGCCAGGACUGCCUGGCCCAGCUGGCGGAUGGCGGCCGCGUCCGCUGCCCCGAGUGCCGCGAGACAGUGCCUGUGCCGUCCGAGGGUGUGGCCGCCUUCAAGACCAACUUCUUCGUCAAUGGGCUGCUGGACCUGGUGAAGGCCCGGGCCUGUGGAGACCUGCGUGCCGGGAAGCCAGCCUGUGCCUUGUGUCCCCUGGUGGGUGGCACCAGCGCCGGGGGGCCGGCCACGGCCCGGUGCCUGGAUUGUGCCGACGACUUGUGCCAGGCCUGUGCCGACGGGCACCGCUGCACCCGCCAGACCCACACCCACCGCGUGGUGGACCUGGUGGGCUACAGGGCCGGGUGGUAUGAUGAGGAGGCCCGGGAGCGCCAAGCGGCCCAGUGUCCCCAGCACCCCGGGGAGGCACUGCGCUUCCUGUGCCAGCCCUGCUCGCAGUUGCUGUGCAGAGAGUGCCGCCUAGACCCCCACCUGGACCACCCCUGCCUGCCUCUGGCCGAGGCUGUGCGUGCCCGGAGGCCGGGCCUGGAGGGACUGCUGGCCGGUGUGGACAAUAACCUGGUGGAGCUGGAGGCGGUGCGGAGGGUGGAGAAGGAGGCGCUAGCCCGGCUGCGGGAGCAGGCGGCCCGGGUGGGGACUCAGGUGGAGGAGGCGGCGGAGGGCGUCCUCCGGGCCCUGCUGGCCCAGAAGCAGGAGGUGUUGGGGCAGCUACGAGCCCACGUGGAGGCUGCCGAAGAAGCUGCUCGGGAGAGGCUGGCGGAACUCGAGGGCCGGGAGCAGGUGGCUAGGGCGGCAGCCGCCUUCGCCCGCCGGGUACUCAGCCUGGGGCGAGAGGCCGAGAUCCUCUCUCUGGAAGGGGCGAUCGCGCAGCGGCUCAGGCAGCUGCAGGGCUGCCCCUGGGCACCGGGCCCGGCCCCCUGCCUGCUCCCACAGCUGGAGCUCCAUCCUGGGCUCCUGGACAAGAACUGCCACCUUCUUCGGCUGUCCUUUGAGGAGCAGCAGCCCCAGAAGGAUGGUGGGAAAAACGGAGCUGGUACCCAGGGAGGUGAGGAGAGCCAGAGCCGGAGGGAGGAUGAGCCGAAGACGGAGAGACAGGGUGGAGUCCAGCCCCAGGCCAGAGAUGGAGCCCAGACCCCAAAAGAGGAAAAAGCCCAGACAACGCGAGAAGAGGGAGCCCAGACCUUGGAGGAGGACAGGGCCCAGACACCCCACGAGGAUGGAGGACCCCAGCCCCACAGGGGUGGCAGACCCAACAAGAAGAAAAAGUUCAAAGGCAGGCUCAAGUCAAUUUCCCGGGAGCCCAGCCCAGCCCUGGGGCCGAACCUGGACGGCUCUGGCCUCCUUCCCAGACCCAUCUUUUCCUGUAGUUUCCCCACGCGGAUGCCUGGAGACAAGCGGUCCCCCCGGAUCACCGGGCUCUGUCCCUUCGGUCCCCGGGAGAUCCUGGUGGCGGAUGAGCAGAACCGGGCACUAAAACGCUUCUCCCUCAACGGCGACUACAAGGGCACCGUGCCGGUCCCUGAGGGCUGCUCCCCUUGCAGCGUGGCCGCCCUGCAGAGCGCUGUGGCCUUCUCCGCUGGCGCACGGCUCUAUCUCAUCAACCCCGACGGCGAGGUGCAGUGGCGCAGGGCCCUGAGCCUCUCCCAGGCCAGCCACGCGGUGGCGGCACUGCCAAGCGGAGACCGCGUGGCCGUCAGCGUGGCGGGCCACGUGGAGGUGUACAAUAUGGAAGGCAGCCUGGCCACCCGGUUCAUUCCUGGGGGCAAGGCCAGCCGGGGCCUGCGGGCGUUGGUGUUUCUGACCACCAGCCCCCAGGGGCAUUUCGUGGGGUCGGAUUGGCAGCAGAAUAGUGUGGUGAUCUGUGAUGGGCUGGGCCAGGUGGUUGGGGAGUACAAGGGGCCAGGCCUGCAUGGCUGUCAGCCGGGUUCCCUGUCUGUGGAUAAGAAGGGCUACAUCUUUCUGACCCUUCGAGAAGUCAACAAGGUGGUGAUCCUGGACCCGAAGGGGUCCCUCCUUGGAGACUUCCUGACAGCCUACCACGGCCUGGAAAAGCCCCGGGUUACCACCAUGGUGGAUGGCAGGUACCUGGUCGUGUCCCUCAGUAACGGGACCAUCCACGUCUUUCGGGUCCGUUCUCCGGACAGUUAAAGGGGUUAGGACUAGGGUGGGAGGGAGGGGGGAGGGAAAGGGCAGGAAGGAGGCAGAGCUGUCCGUGGGAGGUGGCGGCCGAGGACAUUUUCCUGAAGGGCAGGGGUUGGCAACUUUUCAACAUGGAGUGCCAAACUGCUAAGCAGUCUUCUAGUGUGUGAGAAUAGGGACCAAGGUGGUGGCGUGACCUUAACUCUCAGAAGCAGAGGAGGCAGGUGGGUGUCGGGGGAUGCUGGGAGUUCACCUGCCUCUUGCUUUUUGCGGGUGGCUACCGCCACCACCGCCGCUGCUAUAUAGUUUAGGUUUCUGAGGUUUGUGAGCCUGUCCUGAUUUGCAUUCUUCAAAACCAUUCCUGAUAGAGUAGCCGAGGGAGAGUCUUGGGGCCAAGAAGGGCCCAGGGUGGGUCAGGCGUGUGCAUUGUGGAACAGAGCUGAGACCCCGGCCCCCCUUGGACUAGCACAGGGUCCUACAGAGUCAGAGGAGGCCUGAGAUUUCGAAUGGGCAGUGAAUGGCCUCUUGUGCCAGCCACAGGCAGGACACUCCUAUGAUCACGGCAUCCCCCGACGGUAGUACAGGGUGGGCUUGCGGGAGGGUCUGCAAGUGCAGACGGCAGCUGGAGCCAAAGAGGUGUUAGGCUCAAAGGCUGCGAAGAGAAUAGGCUACUGGAAAACCAAACCCAACAGAAUUCAUGUCCAAAAAUCCACAUUCUCCAUCGCUUCUCAGCCUUUUGGCUAAGAUUAAGUAUUAAAAAAAAAAAAAACCAGGCUCUGCCAGGCGCAGUGGCUCAUGCCUGUAAUCCCAGCACUUUGGUAGUCUGUGGCAGGAGGAUCGCUUGAGGCCAGGAGUUUGAGACCAGCCUGGGCAACAUAGCGAGACCCCAUCUCUACAAAAGAUUAAAAAUUAGCUGCGUGUAGUAGCAUAUGCCUUUCAACGUAGCUACUCAGGAGGCUGAGGUGGGAGGAUCCCUUGAGCCCAGGAGUUUGAGGCUGCAGUGAGCUAUGAUCACACCACUGCAUUCCAGACCCCGUCUCAAAAAAAAAAAACAAAACACAAAAACAACAGAAAAAGCAGGUUAUCCAUCACUUCUCAGCUAAGAUCAAGUGUUAUAAAUAAAUAAGUAAAUAACAAGUUAUGAGUAUCAGAGCAGGGGAGCCCUCCACACAGCCACGGAGCCAGUCUGAGGGAAGAGGUACAUAGGAUAGAAAAAUCUCUAGGCUCCAACGCUCCUGUUUCGUUGUCUUUCCAUUUCGCAGGGUCUAUGUGUUGCCUUCUCUUCGUUUUCCAGCAAAAUUCCUUUUGAGAUAUGUUGGCCUUCACUCGGCUGAACUAGGGGGUGAAGGAAGUUGUCCUCUGUGGGCCACUAUUGCUGGGGAAACAGCUAAACCCUGCAGGCCAAGUGGAACUUGGAGGUGCCAAGAAAACCUAGAAGGUGCAAUGGGGCUGCGAUGGAUAGAGGUGUCAAACCAGAAGGGAGGAACCCGUCGGAGGUGGGCUGUGACCACCCGACCUUUUCAUAAGCGGUGGCAGUGGUGGAAUUGAGGGGGCAAGUAGGCUUGGAGAAUGUCUUUAGCCAGGGGCUGUUGAGAGAUGGCAGAAGAGGGUCUUAAUGUGGGGACUGUGGACAGUGGGGCAUUCGUGGGAACCAGAGGGAUUUUGGACAAGUCCAGAUGGAAUGUGCAGGGCAUAGGUAGAGGGAAAAGAAAAUCCCUUUCUGGGAAAACCAUUUCUUGUUUAUUGAAACAAUGUGGGACAUCAUCAAAGUCCGGGCGGACACAUUCCGUUAUCUAAAAAUUACAAAGGUAGCACAGCGAAGAAUAAUGAAGAUUAUAAGAAAACCAAGUGCCAGGUACUGUGGCUCAAGCCUGUAAUCCCAGCACUCUGGGAGGCUGGGGUGGGUGGAUCACUCGAGGUCAGGAGUUCGAGACCAGCCUAGCCAACAUGGAGAAACCCCAUCUCUACUAAAAAUACAAAAAUUAGCUAGGCGUGGGAGCGGGCGUCUGUAAUCCCAGCUACUUGGGAGGCUGAGGCAGGAGAAUCAUUUGAACCCAGGAGGCGGAGGUUGCAGUGAGCCAAGAUUGCACCAUUGUACUCCAGCCUGGGUAACAAGAAUGAAACUCCGUCUCAAAACAAAAAAAAAAAAAAAAAGGAAGAAAGAAAGAAAACCAAGAAGAUGGGAAAACCAUGUAGAAUUGAUUUGAUGAGGAAAACCUUGGUCUCUAAUACAUGCAGUGACUAGAACAGUUAGAACAGUAUUUGGUCAAAGAACCACAUAAGCUCUGCACCCUGGAGGAAAUGUAUGCAGGCAAGGACUAGUAAAAUGAAAAAAAUAAUAAUUUUUUUUAAACAAAGAAAGGCCGGAUGCGGUGGCUCACGCCUGUAAUCCCAGCACUUUGGGAGGCUGAGGUGGGUUGAUCACCUGAGGUCAGGAGUUCGAGACCAGCCUGGCCACUAUGGUGAAACGCCGUCUCUACUAAAAAUACAAAAAUUAGCCGGGCAUGGUGGCGCAUGCCUGUAAUCCCAGCUACUGGGGAGGCUGAGGCAGGAGAAUCGCUUGAACCCAGGAGGCAGAGGUUGCAGUGAGCCGAGUUCACACCAUUGCACUCCAGCCUGGGUGUCACAGUGAGACUCCCUCUCAAAAAAUAAAUAAAUAAUUAAUUAAAUCCACUUGCAUUGGUCAAAAAUAAAUGUUAAAUAAGUGGGUGAGAAAUCUUGUGGAGAAAUAGACUCCUGGCACUAUAAAAAUGAUGCUUCCUGGAGGAUACUUUGGCAAGACUUUGCAAGAAUGACAAAAAUGAUUAUAAGAAUCAGUUGUCUCACUUUGGGGAAUACAUUCCGGGAAAAUAAUGUAAGAGAAAAAAUAUUUGCAUACAGACAUUUGAGGCUGCUCUGUAUAUUACAGUCAAGAACUGGAAACUGUUCAGCUGCAGGGUGACAGCUAACUAGAUUGUGGUUUGUUAGGGGAAUGAGCCUUUCUUUGUGUAUGACAACUAUGAAAACUAUUGAGAAGAGAUAGUUAUGUGAUACAGUCAUAAUCCUCAAAAAUGGAGAAUCAGGAAUUAUGAUCAAAUAGUGGUAGUAACAAGGGAAACAUCUGUCUAAAUAAUUACUGAGUAGAAAUAGGUUUGGAAUUUGUAAAUAGUCAUUAAUUUGGGAGAUUGGGUUUUUUUAUUUUGUUUUUUGUUUGUUUUUCAUUAUUUUGUGCUAUUAUUCAUACGUGUACAUUUCUACUUCCGUUUUUAUUAUCCAUUACAUAACAUACAUGCUUGAUUAUUUGCUUCAAGGAAAUACAUCUUUAUAAGUAAUACUCAAUAACUACUGGGUUUGAGAAUGAAGGUGUCAGAACGAAUGAGAUUGCCCUACGAGAGAAGAGGCAGGAGCCAAGGAGGAGGAUCCCAGCUGGCCGGGGCUCAGCCAGGAGGCAGGGCCAUUGGGGCAGGGUGGCAGACCAAGGAACCCCUCUGGGAAGGUUUGCAAAGGUCGGGGUCCCCCCGCCAGGUGAUCGAAUUAUCGUGGAUUGUCUGGAAGGCGGGGGAAGUUUUGUUGAGUUCACCAAAUAACUCAGACCAACUGAAAACCAAGUGGAGUUUCUACGGGACCAACUAGAAUAGGGAUCAGCUACAUGGGGGCGGGGGGAGGGGGGCAGGGAACGGUGUCUGUCUUCAUUGCAGCUCUGUCUGCAGAGCCAGCACUGUGAUAGCUCAUAGUAGGUGCUCAGUGCCUGUCUGUGAAGUGAAUUAAUAUCUAGACAGGGAUGAGACAAUGGUAUGACUCUCCAAAGCUUUCCCACCUCCAAAACCUCGGCUUGUGGGGAAUCUCCAGUAGGGGGCACUGUGGACACGGUUCAGCAUCUGCCUCCCAAGGCUGGGCUCCGCGUCAAAAAAAAAAAAAAAAAAAAGAGACUGAGCCAGGUGCAGUGGUCACUCCUAUUAUCUCAGCACUUUGCAUGGCCAAGGGGGGAGGAUGGCUUGAGGCCAGGAGUUCAAGACUAGACUGGGCAACAUAGCAAGACCCCAUCUCUACAAAAAAUUUUAAAAAUUAGCCAGAGGUGGUGGCAUGCACCCAUAGUCCCAGCUGCUCGGGAGGCUGAGGCAAAAGAUAGCUGAGCCCAGGAGUUCAAGGCUGCAGUGAGCUCUGAUUGUGCCACUGCACUCCAGCCUGAGUGACAGAGCAAAACCUGGUUUCCUAAGGGGGGGAAAAAAGAGGGAGAGAUGAGAUCGGGGUGUCCUGCUUCUGUGCAUGUGGAGGGGGUAACUGGGAACCGUGUACUGUAGGGGAUCGCACACCUUGGGGUGGAAACAGCAGCUCUCCGGAGUUGCAUGGGAGCCAUGGGCAGCAGUCCUGGCUGGUGAAAUGAUUCUAGCCACGUGGCCCACCCAGGGGGCAAAACAAGAGUAGAGACCUUCAGAAAUGAAAUGUCACCUGGCUGCAAGAAGAUAGUCCCACAGGCGCCCUAGAGAUGGGGACACCAAGUGGCUUCUCGGGAAGCUGUAAGAAUCUACAAGGCAUUGUAAGAUGGAGGGAAAUAUUAAGUUUUCUUCGUAAAGAGGUGAGGGGGGCGAGAGCAGCAGAGGACACUGGAAAAAUGAGAAACAUGGAUGGGAAGUGUUGCAUUGAGCAUAAUUUGGAGGUAAAAUCUCCAACACCGUAACUGAGUGGCCUGGGGACCUGAUAGAAAGCCCUGCUCAGGACUAAGGCAGAGUUCCCAGUUAUAUCGCAGAUACAAAGAGACCAGGAAUACGCUUGUAAUCCCAGCACUUAGGGAGGCUGAGGCAGGUGGAUGACCUGAGGUCAGGAGUUCGAUACCAGCCUAGGCAACAUGGUGAAACCCCCAUCUCUACUAAAAAUACAAAAAUUAGCCAGGCGUGGUGGCACAUGCCUGUAAUCCCAGCUACUCAGGAGGCUGAGGUGGGAGAAUCGCUUGAGCCCGGGAGGCAGAGGUUGCAGUGAGCUGAGAUCGUACCACUGCACUCCAGCCUGGGCAACAGAGUGAGACCCUGUCUCAAAAAGAAAAAAAAAAGAGAGAGAAAUCAGGAACAUCAUGAAAGAUACAGCAAAAUGUUUCACCCCAGCCCACUGCACCACACCUGGGAUUGUGACAAUUAACUUGAUAGAUUGUUCCUUUUCCUGUUUGGAACUGACUAGGUUGUGCAUGGAUGGGCCAGUGAAAAGAAAAUCCUGUCUGGGUAGGGAAGAGGGAAGUAGAAAACUUCUUUUGUAUUCUUAGCGUCAAGAAAUGGGAAAAGAAUGAGGGAGCAGAGACCUGGGUUGAGUGCUGGCUCUGCACUAAACAGCUGUGUGAUCUUGGUCUAGUGCCUUAACCUCUCUGAGCCUCAGUUUGUACAUCAGUAACAUUGGGAUAAUGACAUCCACAUGUCCACUUCACAGAGCUGCUGUGAGGACUGGAUGAGAAAUGUAGAGAACUACUUCGGACACCAUAAAGCUCAAAUCCGAGGUAUCGGUUAGGAAAAGGUUCAACUGACUUGUACCCACCUGAUACCCCUCCAUCAGCAUAAGCGUGUACGAGAAUGUUACGUACAUGUGUUGUGAGUGAAAGCUCUGGAACACCCGAGUAGAGCUUCUUGCAAAUCAGCUUCUCCUUUAGAGGAGACCAUUUUGUUUUGCUUUCCAGCAGUUACUUGAAGAAGCCUUAUCUGAAGCCACAACAGUGACUUCAGGAAUAGAAGGGACCAAUGGCCAGCUUGCUGAAAUGUAAUGCCAUUCCUAAAAGCCAGCUAAGAAUCAGACCAUAUUAGUUAAGGACCCAUAACUGUAGAUAUUUAGAAAAAGGAAAAAUGGCAAGAGCAGCCCAAUCUUUUGAGAGUAGAGAAAAUAUCAUUUGGAAAGGGAGUAUCUCUCCUUCUAUUACAGCCUUAUUAUUACGAUAUCUGUAAAGCAAUGCCAUAUUCUAGAUCUGCAGAAAUAAAAUUCUAAGGGGCGAAAGUCCAAGGCAGAAGUCAAAAGUUUUGCAAGGAAAUUGAUGAGGUUGGUGACCUGAGCUGGGCAGGGUUGGACGGGCGAGUGCCGAGAUCAAGGUCUCUGAUUGUCUCUCCUUGAAAGGUAAGCAGAGAACUAGGGCUAUCCCAUAAAUUAAGUGGGAGAUUGGAAAGGGGUGCAGACUUCUGUAUUGGGGAGAAGGUCUUGGAUGAGCUGGGGCAGAGAACUGCCAGAGAGAAUAACCAGGAAGACGUUGUUCGCAGGAGAAAGACCAAGCUCAGAUGCAGACUUGGGAACGUAGGUAACUUGACCGAAGGUAGCAAAAUUAGACUACCCAACUGGAUUGUGAAUGCAGUUUAUGAAAUUGAUCAGGACAGGAGCAAAAACAGAUUUUGUAGAAACUGCAGAUGCCUGUGAUUGGAGCAGUGUACAAAGUACAGCAACAUCAGACAAGAUCUCACCUGAGGUGCUGGGUGAGAAAUCUUAGGGACCAGAUAGAAGAGGGCCUCUGUAUAAAGAGAUUAGGAAGGAGGUUUGGGAAGGUUUGGGAGGGCAGCCUGACUUGUCUCCAGAGAAGUUGGAACUGGUUGGCUUAGCGACCAAGAGACACUGGGUUGAAGACGAGGAAUCAGGGUGUCGGUGCCUAGUGACUGAGCGCCAGCCCAGCCCAUUUCUCUACGUUGCCAUGGGGUAAACCCAGUGUGCUAUAAACUCUUCAAUUCCUUUGGUUAUGGAUUUUGUAUCUUUCCUGUGUUUCUUAAUAAAGUUCUUUUGAAAAAUGGGAACCUUUCUCAGAUGGGAA